UUCUUCUUCUUCCUUCAAUCUAGUGCAUCGGGUUUCCGUGAAUUAAUACUGAUAAAGAUGGUGUCUUACGAGUACGUUUUGGGUGGAGUCUUGGCGUCUCUGCUCGGCUCUGUUUUCUUCAUGCUCAUCACCACAACUUUCAGCGCCAAGAGAAAGGUCGAUGAUUUGCAGAGUAAUAUUGGGUUUGUGAGGACGCCACAAAACGAUGAGUUUCUACCGGAGAUGGAGGAGGAGAAGAGUACCGACGUCGUCAUUGUCGGCGCCGGAGUUGCAGUGCAGCUCUUGCUUAUACUCUUGCCAAGGAAGGACGGCGUGCCAUGUUAUUGAAAGAGAUUUGAGUGAGCCAGACAGAAUUGUUGGUGAGCUUUUGCAGCCUGGGGGUUAUCUCAAAUUGAUUGAAUUGGGUCUUGAGGGAUGUGCAAACGAGUCUAUUGAUGCUCAGAAGGUCUUUGGUUAUGCUCUUUACUAGGAUGGCAAGGAUACAAAACUAUCUUAUCCCUUGGAGCAGUAUAAUUCAGAUGUGGCUGGGAGGAGUUUCCACAAUGGGCUUGUCAUACAAAGAAUGCGUGAAAAAUCUGUGACUC